GGAAGGGUAUUCAUGCAAAAUUUGAUAUUUAUGAGGAUAUUCGUGUAAAAACCUUUUUUUUAAGGUCUAAUAUGAAGUCGAUGAAUGAUUUUUAAACAAGACAUAUAGAUUCCAAUUAAUCUAAUAAUCAUGAUGUACGCAUGUCAAACUAUUUUGACCACUUUAUGAAACCCUCAUUUGAUCAAGCAGCCCGGUCAUAACAAACGCCUACCACCAGAUAGUUCUAUGCCUCCUGUCUAUAGCGUUCUAUCCACUAUUCAUUCAUCAUCGCAUCUUGAUCUGCAUGUGCGAAUGUCAACAAACCAAACCAUCAUGCCGCUUUCAAAGCCUCUAAUCUCAUCUCAUCGCUCUCCCGUUCCCACGCACGUGAGUUCAUUUAACGCAAAUUCGAAAUGUGGUCUGGCUACCGCGUACUCCCGUUCUCACCCAGGUGGCUUUCUACCUUAUCAUGUGUGGGAAAGGCUUCGUGCAUCCUGAUCCGGUCUUCUGCGGGCCUCCAGGGGCUAAACGGGCAACAAAACCAACCCCCUUUCGGUAAUUUCCCCUCUUCAUCCCCUUCAUUCCCUUCUCCGUUCGGAACCCUAGAAAUCUCUCCCGUCCCAAUGGCUCCCAAGAGACAAGUCGUCAAAACUGUCCGCAAAUCCACCCCCAAAUCCAAAUCCCCCGCUGCCGCCGCUGCCGAAACGCCCGUCUCCGAAGUCUCCCCUCCCUCCUCCAUGGCCAUCGAGACCCCCACCUCCCAAUUUACCCCCUACGCCGGCCGACGCUGAAACCCCCGUGAUGGAGCCCGCCACCACUCCGGAACCCGCCUCCACUGAAACUCCGGCCUCCAAGCCGGCCGCCCCCUCGAGGCCACUCCGGGGGCCUCCGGACCGUCUGCCGCUGAAACCCCCACUGCGGACCCGCCGUUUCGCCGGAGAAUGUCUCUAUGCAGGCCUUUGAAUCCGAGGCCACUCCGGAGGCGUCCGGACCGGCUGCCGCUGAAACCCCCACGGCAGAACCCGCCGUCGCGCCGGAGAAUGUUUCCAUGGAGGUCUCUGAACCUGCGGCAUCGAAAACUCCUGCGGUGGGACCCCUGGAAACUGCCACGAAACCCACCAGAAAGACCACCUGGGUGGUAAAGGUGGUGAAGAAGAAGAUCAUCAAGAAAAGAGUUCCAAAGGCAUCGCCUGCGGCCAAAGAGGAGGAGAAAGCCCAAGAAGCAGCAGGAGACUUACCGGCGGCAGCAGCAGAAGAAUUCCCUGCCCAGCAGCCUGAAUCCGAAAAUCCUAGUUCUGAUGCGGCAGCUAGCGAGGCUCCUGCUCGGCAGAAGGAUGCAAUGGAGACGGAGAAUCUUGAUUCUAGAGAGGAGAACAAGAAUCUUCCAGCAGAACGGGAUGGGGGAGAGGGAGUGGAGGCGGCAACGGCAGCUGCUCCUAGAGAUGAGGAAGCAGGGAUAUCAGAGCGGCAAUGGCAGAGGAAGACGGAGAUCUUCAUUGGAGGGCUGGAUAGAGAUGCGAAGGAGGAAGACAUAAGAACGGUGUUUGGGAAGGUUGGAGAGAUUGUGGAGGUGCGGAUGAUGAUGGAUGGACAAACAGGAAAGAACAAAGGGUAUUGUUUCUUGAGGUACAAGGAGGCAGCUCAGGCUAAGAAGGCUGUUGCGGAGUUUGCCAAAGUGGAGCUACGAUUACCUUGGAAGAAGAAGUCAUCCCUUUUCCGGUGAUUGGCUGCAUAGAUUACCAGAACUUGCAAGGCUGUUGGAAGAGUGCAUAUUCAAGGAUGCUGCUAGAAGGAAGAUUACGAGUAUGGUGAUGGAGCCAGUUGAGCACCAUUUGCAAUUGAUAAUGAGGAGUUUACCAAACCACAGCCCUUUGUUGCAUAAUUUCACAUCUUUCUCUUCUCUGAAUACAAUGGUUCCAACAACUGGUAUACCCCAUAAUGGCGGCACAAAUUCUGGAGUUUCUUCUGCAGCAGAAAACUCUGAUAUUACAGCCAGUGGUGCUGGUAUAGGCAUUGCCAACAUGGGUAACUUAUUACCAACUGGAAAUGGCUUAACUGAUGCGACAAUGACUGUGUCCUUUUUGUUUAGGACCAAUAUCUAAUGGGUACCAGCACCCACCUGCCAAUGCUGCCUUUGGUUCUGGUGGAAACAGUAUAUCAAUGGCUUCAAUGGGUAUCC